AUGUUAUUUCUCCUUUUACUUAUACAGCCUCAUAAUCAAUGCCGCAACUUACGUCAAGGUGGUGGAUGCGUCAACAUUCUUUAUGUUUAUCUAUCCCCCUCAUCCUCAUCUUCUUCACUUCCUACUCCCCCCUCUUUCAUUCAUAUGACAAGGGUAACUGGGCGUGGGCGACAACGUACUGCGUUACACGGAACUGUCGUUCUGUUCUCGCUACCCGUUAUUCGUAUCCGCCUCUCACUGCUAAUCUCCUUUUCCUCACGAGAAAAGAGUUUAGCCCACGUAGUCGGUAAAUCAUUUGAUGUCAAUUUGACUCCACCUUUGCUUCCUUGUAGGCCCGAAUUUUCUUUAUCUGAAAUUCUUCUUUCUUUUAAUUCUUUGCUGUCUUUUUUCUCUUUUACCUUUCUGUUUCUUCCUAUCUCUCCACUGUUACUGCUGGAAAGAUUUAAUUUCUGUUAUAAUGAAGAUAGAACUUUCGUCAGAAAACAUCCUGUUCAUCACGAUCUUUCUAUCUAUCUAUGUCAUGUUCAUAUCUAUUUAUCUAUCUAUCUAUCUAUUUAUCCAUCUCAGUCUUUUCAUAUCUAUUUAUCUAUCUCAGUGUAUUUCUUUGUAUCUAUCUAUCUCUGCCUAUUCUUAUCUAUCUAUUUAUCUAUCCAUCUAUCUCAGUGUAUUUCUUUCUAUCUCAGUCUGUUCCUAUCUAUCUAUCUACCUAUCUAUCUAUCUCAGUGUAUUCCUGUCUAUCUCAGUGUAUUCCUAUCCAUCUAUCUAUCUAUCUAUCUAUCUCUUCAAUCCUGUUCAUACGAUCUAUCUAUCUAUCUAUCUAUCUAUCUGUCUGUCUAUCUCUCUCAUGUUCAUUUCUAUCUAUCUAUGUAUGUGUCUAUCUCAGUAUUCCUAUGUCACUCUUUUCAUAUCUAUCUAUCUAUUUAUCUAUCUAUCUAUCUCUACCUAUUCUUAUCUAUCCAUCUAUCUAUCUCAGUGUAUUUCUUUCUUUCUAUCAAUCUAUGUUUAUUCCUAUCUAUCUAUCUAUCUAUCUAUCUAUCUAUCUAUCUAUCGCAGUCUUUUCAUAUGUAUCUAUUUAUCUAUCUUAGUUUAUUUCCAACUUUCUAUCUCAGCGUAUUUCUACCUAUCUAUCUAUCUAUCUAUCUAUCUCAGCGUAGUCCUUACUAUCUAUCUUUAUAUAUUUUCCACAAACCCUCUCUCUCUCUCUCUCUCUCUUUCUCUCUAUCUAUCUAUCUAUCUAUCUAUCUAUCUAUUUAA